ACAGAAUCUCUUAGAAGGGAAUAAUAAAUAAAUCUGUUACCUGCUACAGCAUUUGGGUGAAGUCAGCCCACCUCCGCACACGGAAUCAUUGUAAUUUCGAGAUGUUACUAAAUGUUAAUCAAGUAACCGUUAUUUACUAGUCAUAAACACUUGUAAAUAAACUAAUGAGCUAUUCAAGUGUUAUUUGUUGGUGUAUUCAAAUCGAGGCUGAAAAUGUGAAAACUGCAUUUCUUGUUUAACCGCUAGUCGGCUAAAUCUGGAACAACAGAGGACUUAUGUGUGCAGCCAAGAUAGCUGUCUGUUCAAUAUUUUAAAAACAAUAAGGGGACACAUAAUAAAAGCACAAAACAUUCGUAAAGAAUUUACACAUUUUUCAAAAGAAAAACUCAGUAUAUACUGGAAACGCAGCAACUCUGCCUCGCUUGAAUCAGCCAUUUCAAAUACCCAGCAUUCAACUAGCUCACCAUCAGUGCGAGCAAAAUGGCUCGUCUUUCUUCGACAAGCUUUUUCCGUACUUGUAUAAAUAGCUUUUCGUGUCUUGAAGCUUCCAGGACGGCAUCGUUUUUGUACAAAGGACAGAUAAAGCCUCACAACGGACGAAUGCCCAUCUCAAGGCUGGAGGGAACUGCAGUUGUCCACGUACCCCCGGAAGCGGCUGGGCGUGACGUCAGCUGCAACUCGCCUAUUGGCGGGAGUCCGUUGUUUAAAACCUUUGGCGGGAGUGCAGCGGUGCAGUUUUUCUGUUGCAGUAAUUGUGGAGCUGAGUUUACAUUUUUUACUGAAGCUGUUACGGCCAGCUCUCCGGCCAAGCGACAGAGGACGGACACGACCCAUGAAAUUAAAGUGGUGCUGAAAUUUGCCAAGCUUUCAGAAAACGCUACCACCCCCACAAAAGGCUCUUCGAAGGCUGCGGGAUAUGAUCUUUAUAGCGCGUACGAUUACUCCAUUCCCCCGCUGGAGAAGACGGUGGUGAAGACGGACAUUCAGAUCGCUGUUCCUCCGGGCUGCUACGGCAGAGUGGCGCCAAGGUCCGGGUUGGCUGCAAAGCACUUCAUAGAUGUUGGAGCGGGCGUUGUGGACGAAGAUUAUAGAGGAAACGUUGGGGUUGUGCUUUUCAACUUCAGCAAAGAAACCUUUGAAGUAAAAAAAGGUGAUCGUGUUGCACAGCUGAUCUGUGAGAGGAUCUGCUACCCAGAGAUUGAACAGCAUGAGACUCUGGAUGAGACGGAACGUGGAGCAGGUGGUUUUGGGUCAACUGGACGCAAUUAAAACUGAGUGUUUUUUUUUUCUUGGAGUAGGCAAGUUCAAAGCCUUGUGGG